AUGGUGUUUUAUUGCCGAUGUUUCUCGUUCGAUGAUGACAGUAGGAAGAUCGCAAAUGAAUCCAGAACAAAACCGAGGUCGUCAAUAUCCUCAAACUUGGCCGGAAAACCAAACAGUUUGAGAGUUUUCACAGUCGCGGAGCUCAAGGUCGCAACUAAUAAUUUUCGCAGUUCUUGGAAGAUUGGAAACGGUAGAUAUGGAAGUGUAUAUAAGGGUAUGGUCAAGAGUUUGGAACAUCCUUUUGAUAAGAUCGAGGUCAUUGUAAAGCACCUCAAAGGAGUAACGAAGGAUCACAAAGAUUGGUUAUCUGAGGUUCGUCUUCUUGGGGUGGUUGACCAUCCAAACCUUGUAAAACUAGUUGGUUAUUGUGCUGAAGAAAAUGAAAGAGAAAUUAUGCAACUGCUUUUAGUCUACAAAUACAUGCCUAACAGAAACGUGAGGGAUCAUUUAUCUACAAAAUCUGAAACACCUCUUUCCUGGGAAAUGAGACUUAAAGUGGCUCAAGACGCUGCAUGUGGCUUGGCAUAUCUACAUGAAGGAAUGGACAUUCAGAUUCUUUUCAGGUAUUUCAAUUCUUCCAAGCUCCUUCUAGAUGAUCAAUAG